UCUGAGGUUUCUGCUGCUAUUGAUGCCUGUCACGCUAGGAAAGCGUGCGGUCCUGAUACCCUCGGUAAUGAUUGGUACCGCGACUUCAAGGCGCUCCUUGCCCCCAUCCUGACUAUUUUGCUUAACCUUUGGUAUCGGGCUGGCGUCUUCCCGCCAUCAUUUCUGGAGACCGACAUUUUUUGUCUAAAGAAGAAGGGGGAUCAAUCAAAUCCACUAAACUACCGACCGUUGGCUUUAUUGAAUUCGGACUACAAAAUUUUCACUCGGAUCCUGGCUACACGGGUGAGCAAGACGCUGCCAGAUCGCGUUCACCAUCACCAAAAGGGUUUUGUGCCUGGCUGA